AUGACUCCAAAUAAAAAAAAACACAAAAAUUACGAAUCUCACAAAUCUUUCCAACGUCGGGAAGAUCACGAAAGGCACCAUUUUCGUAAGGUUCAUAAUUUUCACCUAAACGAUAACGAAAUUUUGAGCCCUACGAAAGGAGGCAUAAAGUUAGAUGUGAACAAACUGAGCAUCGAAAGUUUUCCCCGCACACCGAGGAAGGAGGAACAGAAGAAAAAGGAAAGGCUCCUCCCCAAGUAUGAUCAAAUUCAAAAUAACACUGUAGACUUUUACAUUCCAUUAAAUGAAAGAAGUGAAACGCCUAAAAAAAAUCAAACCACUGUCACCACGACUAUAAAAACGAACAAUCAGAAGAAACACAGCUUCGACUCGUCCUCUUCGUCCUUUUUUUCCUCCCCAUAUUCAACCUAUUCGUGCAUAUCGGAGAGUAGUUCCUCCGUGCACAGUCCAAGUGUCGUCCACGAGCCGCAGGUGACGCACGUCAUUAUCUCUUCGGAUACUUCACCUCGGGAGGUGGAAAGAGGUAGUAAAAUCCUCAACAAACAAACGGGAGUUACACACACACAAAGUUAUGACCGCAUGAGAAGAUCGCCCAGAAAUCACAGCACAGGUAAAUACAGCACAAGUAAGUCCAGCACAAGUAAGUCCAGCACAGACAAAAAUAACUACGAUGAGGACGCCGAGGGAAGCAAACAAAAAAAAAGGAACACCGAAAAAACUAAGGUGGAUCACUCUAAUGAUGAUGUGCGAAUCCUCAGGAGCGUGACGAAGGAGAAUUCCCUGAGGAGCAAAGGGGAGCAGAAGAAGGACGAAAAGAGAGUCGUCAGCGGGACGCGCUCCAGUGUUCUCCUUAAGAGAAAGAGCCAGUGCCUAUGGAAGGAUUCCUACGUCUAUCAAAACUUCUUCAAGAAAGCGAAAACGGGAGUGCCCAGUCAGGCUCGCCACAGCCACAACGGAAGCAGCACAAGUGAUGAAGAUGACGAUAGCGAAAGUACCGGCCUGGGAAGCAGCAGACCGAGCACAAGGAGCAGUUCCUCGCCCCAGAAGAAGAGGCAGACGAUCAAGGACACGCUCACGCAUAAGCAGAUACAAAGGGAGACACCGACGCAUGCGCAGAAAAAGAACGCGCCACUCAGACACGCCGCAACCAUUAACAAACGUAGCAGCAUGCUCCCUGUGAACGAGGAAAGAGGCGGAAUCAAAAAGGAGAGUACAGAAGAACUUAAAGAAUUUACAAUCGAAGAAGUGGCAAAACUUACCAAGGACACUUGCAUCAAACUCGUUGAAAACAACUCCUGUCAGUACGAAGACGGAGUGAUUUAUGAAAGUCUAUUCAUAAACCAAGUGGAGUAUACCAUUGGGGACGACGUCUUGCUUGUGUGUACAGGUGGCGGGGAAUUCAACGCAGGGACAAGCGGCAUCAACACCACGAACCAAUCGAGCAAGAAUAAGAACAAGCAGAGAAAUGGGUACCAACUGAGGAAGGGCAAAAUAUCAAGCUUCUACAAAAAUCAAGCAACCAACCAGGUUGAAGCAGAAGUGUGCAUAUACAUUGACCAACACGACGCCCCAUACAUAAAGCACCUGUGUGAGAAGCAAAAAUCCAGAAGAGCCAAGGCAGAUUUUGAAGUAUUUCUAGACGAUGAGACCAAAAAUUUUUACCUACUCGGAAAUAUAAAUUUCAAAAUAUUAAACGCCAAAAUGAUUUUAAAAAAAAUCAAUGUGUAUAAUGAGAAGAGUCUGUACGAUGAGGACAAAACGCGUAAACAGGGAAAAGACAAAUUCCUUUGCACACAAUAUUUAAAAGAAAGAGAAGAAAGAAUUUGUGAAAUCCAGAACAGUGAACACUGGGAUAAUUUGGUCCUAGGUUCCAGCGACCUAUACUACUCCUUCUCCAAUAAUAAAAAGAGUAGCAAAAAUAAGUCGCUCAAAUUGAUUAUAGAAAAGAUGAAGGAGAACGAAGGAGGCGGGACCAAAAACAAAAGUCAUAAAUCUAAAAUCGGUCCUAGUAAUACUGCUACUAGUAGCGCAAAGAAAGACCAAAGUAGAAACAAAACAAAUGGUAGUACACCCAAGCAGAGUUCGCAAAAGAACCCAAAAGUAGAUAUAAAAGAUUUCAUAAAACAGGAUCAAGAAAAUUAUUACGUCAAUUUAUUACGCAAUAUAACAGACCCCACAGAUAAAGCCAUCCGAAUGAUGCAGUUAGAUGUAGUCCCAAAAUAUCUCCCCUGUAGAGAGAAGGAAAUAAAAGAAGUCCAUGCAUUUCUAGAAUCAGGUAUUAAACAAUCAGGAAGUAAUCAAAUAUUAUACAUCAGUGGAAUGCCAGGAACGGGGAAAACAGCUACCGUAUACAGUGUCAUUCAACUCCUUCAACACAAGACGAAGCAAAAAUUGUUACCGAAUUUUAAUGUGUUCGAAAUAAACGGAAUGAAUGUAGUCCAUCCAAAUGCAGCUUAUCAAGUUCUGUACAAGCAAAUGUUCAAUAAGAAACCACCAAAUGCAUUAAACUCAUUUAAAAUGCUUGAUAGACUGUUUAACCAAAAUAAAAAAGACACCCGAAAUGUAUCGAUACUUAUAAUAGACGAGAUUGAUUACCUCAUUACGAAAACACAAAAGGUUUUGUUUACUCUCUUCGAUUGGCCAACUAAGAUAAACAGUAAAUUGGUUCUAAUAGCCAUUUCAAAUACCAUGGAUUUACCUGAACGCUUAAUACCUAGAUGUAGGUCGCGUCUAGCAUUUGGCAGAUUAGUGUUCAGUCCAUAUAAAGGAGACGAAAUAGAAAAAAUUAUAAAAGAACGUUUAGAAAAUUGUAAAGAAAUUAUUGAUCAUACAGCUAUACAACUAUGUGCCAGGAAAGUGGCCAAUGUAUCUGGUGAUAUCCGAAAGGCUUUACAAAUAUGUAGGAAGGCCUUCGAAAAUAGAAGGGGGCAAAAAAUUGUACCUAGAGAUAUUACCGAAGCGACUAAUCAGCUAUUUGAUUCUCCACUCACAAAUGCUAUAAAUUAUUUGCCAUGGCCAUUUAAAAUGUUCUUGACCUGUAUCAUCGUGGAGUUAAGAAUGCUCAACGAUUUUAUCAUUCCAUAUAAAAAGGUUCUAAAUAGAUAUAAAGUUCUUGUUGAAACAAGUGGCAAGUAUAUAGGGAUGUGCAGCAACACUGAGUUAUUCAAAAUUAUGUUAGACAAGUUGGUGAAGAUGGGAAUUCUACUCAUUCGUCCUUAUAUACCACUUGAAAGUUUGGCGAAAAAUAAAAACAAAGAAAUGCUCCUUGGCUUUAACGAAUCUUCUAAAAAAAACGCCUCAGAGGGGACCAAAUCCUCCAGGACGCAAGUCAGUGCGGAAAUCGAUAAGGAGUCUGGAGACAUGGGUUUGGAACUAAAUGUCGAAACGCAGCUCAUCAUCACGGCGCUAAUGAAGGAUGCCGAGUGUUCACAGAAGCUCAACUUCUACUAG